AGCACUAAACCCAAAUAAAAAAUUGUUAAUAGUCAAUAAUAAACAAUAGUAUGAAUGAAUUCAAAAUAUGAAGCGUUGGCUAUGAAUCAAUCAAAUGAUUCUGAUUCUUUUUUUUUUCUGUGAUAAUACAAAUAAAUUAUAAAAUUCUCCAUUCAUAAUAUUCUUCUCAUUUUUCAGCCUCAAUAAUUCUUUCAACUGUCUCACCAAAAUUCAAUUUUUAAGUUGCAAAAACCCAGAAAAUGAACAUUCUUGAUGACCCACCUGUUGUUUUUCUACAUUUUGUUCAUUAGGAACAAAUUGAAGAACAAAGUUUGUGUCUUUUUGACAGUUUAUCUUCAAGUGGUUGGAGGAAACUGUUUUUCAGUUUCUGGGUAUUUUUGGUUUCAAAUCUUUGUAGUGUUUUUUUGUUGUAUAGAUCUGAGUUAAUGGAACCCCCUUCUGGAUUUUGUGCUUCACUGUUGAGCUUUAUCCAUUUUCUUCCUUUCUUCAUUGGUCUUCUUCUUUUAGGAACCAUCAAAGGCCUCAUUCUCUUCCCAUUGACAUGCUUAAUAAUGACAAUUGGGAACUCUGCUAUCAUAAUUGGACUCUGGCCAGCACAUGUCAUUUGGACUUAUUACUGUGUUCUGAGAGCUAAACAAUUUGGACCUCUUCUGAAGCUUGUUAUCUGCGUAUGUGUACUCCCAGUGCUGUUGAUUUCAUGGCCAAUGGUCGGUAUCGUUGGAAGUAUUGUAGGUGGAGCAGCCUAUGGAUUGCUUAAACCGAUAUUUGCUACUAUUGAAGCUGUGGAGGAAGGAAAAGAUGACAAACUUUAUCACUGCUUUGCUGAUGGAACUUGGAGCACUAUAGAAAGGAGCUUCAUGGUUGUCCGGGACUUAAAAGAUGUUUGCUUUCUUUCUUACUUCUCGGUUAUGGAUGACCUGCGACAAAACGGACCUCCUAAUAAAUACUAUGAAAUCAGGCUGCUGUAUCUUCCUGGUGCUUUUCUAGCCGCAGUUAUUGGAAUGUUAGUUGAUGUGCCAGUAAUAUCAUUUAUUGCCCUAUGCAAAGGACCUUACAUGCUUUUCAAAGGGUGGCACAGAUUGUUUCAUGACCUCGUUGGUCGUGAAGGCCCUUUCUUGGAGACAAUAUGUGUACCUUUUGCAGGUCUUGCUAUCCUUCUGUGGCCAUUGGCUGUUGCUGGGGCUGUUUUGGCAUCCAUUUUAGCAAGUUAUUUUCUCGGUGCAUAUGCUGGGGUUGUUGCUUAUCAGGAAUCUUCAUUCAAAUUUGGCCUUCGUUAUGUUAUUGCAGCUUUGGCCCUCUAUGAUGAAUACAGCAAUGAUAUUCUCGACAUGCCAGAAGGAACCUGCUUCCCUAGGCCUCAGUACCGGAAAAAUAUGGAUUCAUCAGUAAGAGCUUCUGGCUCAGUUUCCGUUUCAAGACCUAACUCAAUCCGAAGGGCUCCCUCUCGCUCAUCUUCAAUAAAAAAUAAUAUUGUUGAGUUGAAAUCACUUGAGCUGUUGGACGGUUUAUUCAAGGAAUGUUGGAUUGUAGGAGAAAAAAUGAUUUCUGAAGGUCUAAUUACCGGAAAAGACAUAGAAGAAGCGAAAUCUGGUAAAGGGAGUAAUGUUAUUAGUAUUGGGUUGCCUGCAUAUUGCCUACUCCAAGGACUUUUGCGCUCCGCUAAAGUCAAUUCCAUGGGUAUAUUGAUAAAUGAUGAUACUGAGCUAACUCUCUCAAACAGACCAAGGGAGAAAUUUUUUGAAUGGUUCCUGAAUCCCCUUUUGAUCAUUAAAGAUCAAAUUAAAGCUGAAAAUCUAUCUGCCUCGGAAGAGGACUACCUCUGCAAAUUAGUUCUCUUGAGUGGUGAUGCAGAGAGAUUGAAAAUAUCAGGUGUUGGCCCGGCUCCGGAAUCUGAGGUCAAGCGUGCUGAAAUUGAGGCAUUGGCUAGAAGGCUGCAAGGACUCACCAAAUCCAUGACAAGGUUCCCGACCUUCAAGCGCCGUUUUGAUGAUCUUGUAAAGACAUUAUAUGAAGAUCAUGCUGAGAAGCACGGACCGCCACAACCAACAAUGAAUCGAUCAAAGAGUGCCUUUGGUCGGUUGAUUAGUUUGAAAUCUGUCAGGGGGGCAAGAACUUAUGGAUCUAGUCAAGGGUCACAACAUAUUGUACGAGAUGAAGAAAAUUCUUGAUACGGAUACCUUGUAUAUUUGUAACUCAAAAGAUACAAAAUUUCUCGAAACAUCGUUGCCAAAUUUCUUGGUCCAACAACCAAAAUCGAAAAUUUGUCUCCUUAGGUUUGGUUGUUAUUGUUGUUGUAUACAAAAUAUCAUGUCAUAGGUGAUUUGUUCAUUCUCUUUUGAUCAUUGUAUUUGAUGAUAACUCUAAUAUCUGACCAUGUUUUUUGCUAUGUACACUUGUUAAUUAUUGAUACUGAAAAAUGAACUGAAAUGUAAACAUGUUUGAGCAAAAUGAAUUAUAACAUUCUCAUCAA